AUGUCUACCACCACCAAGAUCCUUUUGACCGGAGCCACGGGCUAUAUUGGCGGCGAGAUUUUGGCGAAUCUCCUGAAAUCGAAAUACGACUCUUUGAAAGCAUCUGCCAUCACUUGCGUGGUGAGAGGGGACAAGGCCGAAGCGUUGAAAGACCUAGGCGUCAAAAUCAUCCAAUUCAAUACCCUCGACGAAACCGAGAUAUUAGCAGACGCGGCUGCUGAGCAUGAUGGCAAGUAUAAUGCUCCCAUCGACCGCAUGGACAGAUUGCUUAUUGAGAUCAACAGUCGGUUGGCAAAACGGAAGAAGAAUACGGGCAGAGAUGUCCAUUACAUUCAUACGUCGGGAACUUCUAAUGUGGCUGAUCGCCCAGUCACAAAACAAUACCUCGAAUCUGGCUACCCGCUGUCUGAUAAGGAAGAUAUCUUCUCUUACUUGAAGAAAAGAGACGAAGACGUCCCAUACGCUCAACGAACGUCGGAUGUGGUUGUGACCGAGGUUGGGCUCGAAUACGGCGUCAAGACAUACAUCAUGAUGAUGCCAUGUAUAUACGGCAUCGGUGCACACCCCCUGCAUGAAUUCUGCCACGUUCCAAUUUUGAUCCGCUCCGGCCUGAAACUGGGAAAGGUUCCUGUCGUCGGCGAUGGCUCGGCGAUAUGGGAUCAUGUCCAUGUUGAGGACAUGGCGAGUUGUUAUGAGCUCAUCUUGCACAGAAUCCUUACACAGCAAGACGUCCCAAGUGGCAAGGAUGGCAUAUAUUUUGUCGAGAACGGCGAACAUACGUGGCAGGAGAUUGGCCAAAGAGUUGCUGAUGCUGGUGUCGCGAUCGGCGCCCUAGAAACAAACGAGCUUCGAUCAUUGGACCUGGCUGAGGCAAAAGAUAUCCUGGGACGAGGCUGGGGAUUGAUUGCUGAAAUUGGAUGGGCAUCCAACUCCCGUACGAGAGGCCACAAAGCGCGAGCGCUCGGAUGGACGCCACAGAAGGGAGAGGACGUCUGGAAAAGCCAUUUCACGGCCGAUUGGGAGGCCAUUCUUAAGUCGAACUCCAAAAUAUGA